GGCAGCCGGGAAGUUUCUUUUCAUUAAGUAUCGUUGGUUGAUUUUGAACACCGAGUUUCUGCGGGAGGAGCGCUUCAGUGUUGACAUUCAAUUGAAGUUUUACAUGGAACGACUAGCUCUGCUACCGCUGCUGGUCAGCAGUGAGAUAUUUAUUUUAAUCAGAAAGGAAACAAACCAUUUUGUUAUCCAACAAGUGUUCAAAUUGUCCGAGCAAUCUACUUUGAAUUUUGAACCCUUCGGUAUGUGGCUUAACGGCAGCUUGGUUGACGAGCGAACAGCGAUGGUGACCUCUGUUAGGAGACUCGAUUUGAAGGGGCACACUCUUCGAGCCUCGAUGGUCAUCACGAACAUGGAUACCCUGAACCAUUUGACGGAUUAUAAACAAAAACAUAUCGACACUAUAACUAAGGUCAACUACAUUCUAACGAACAAUUUGGCCCAUUACCUGGGUGCCAGAGUGAACUACUCCAUCGUGUCUACGUGGGGUUACUUCAACGCCACCACCCGACGGUGGGAUGGGAUGAUCGGAGAGUUGUCGCAUCGAUCGGCCGAUUUGGGUGCAUCGCCCCUAUUUUUCACUACCGAUCGAAUCGCUGUGAUCGAAUACGUAGCCAUGACUUCGGCAACCCGAUCCAAGUUCAUCUUUCGAUCGCCCAAGCUGUCGUACACGGAAAAUGUGUUUCUGUUGCCUUUCGACGACACUGUGUGGAUCAUCAUUGCGGUUGUGAUCCUGCUUGCAUCCGCCUUGCUUGUGGUCACCGCUUUGGCCGAGUAUCGAAUAAUCUUAUCGUCGGAGGCUUCAAACGAUUCCACCAUCUUGCGGCCAAGUUUUCGCGACUCGCUGCUGAUGAUCUACGGCGCCACCUGCCAGCAGGGUUCGGCCGUUUUGCCGCGAAGUUUCGCUGCCCGCACGAUCACGAUGGUAACGUUCACGAUUCUGAUGUUCCUCUACGUUUGCUACUCGGCGAACAUUGUGGCACUGCUGCAGAGUCCCUCGACGAAGAUUCAAACGUUGGAGGAUUUGUACGGGUCGCGGCUCAAGUUCGGAGCCCACGAUACGGUGUUCAAUCGGUAUUAUUUCACCCACGCGACGGAACCAACUCGACAGGCGAUCUUCGAGCGGAAAAUCAGACAGUCGGAUGGAUCCGUGAACUUCAUCCCGCUGGAGCAAGGUAUCGAUAACAUUCGGCGGGGUUUGUACGCGUUCCACGUGGAGCAGGGUGUUGGCUACAAGGUUAUCAGUGAAACCUACCAGGAGGACGAGAAGUGUGGACUGCAGGAGAUUCAGUAUCUGCAGGUGAUCGAUCCGUACUAUUCGAUUCAGAAAAAUUCCUCUUUCAAGGAGCAUGUGAAGAUUGGGUAACUCAGCAUCGUCAGGAUUGUAGGAAUAACACUACCCUGGAUUGUUCUCUUCUCAGGUUGUAUCGGUUAAAUGAACACGGCAUCCAAUAUCGUGAAAAUUCGAAUUUGUACACUAGGAAGCCAAGUUGUG